AUGCCACGCUUAGCAGAGGUAGAAUUCGAGGUUGACCUCUGGUGCUACGAGGUCAUGCCCACCGAGGAGGAGAUCAAGGCGUGGGCCUUGGAGAAUCCACCCUUGGAAGAGCCGGAGAUGGAAAUUACGUCGACGCUCUAUGACUGUGACGACGAGGAUGUAGAAACCAUACUGCGUCACUUGCAAAAGGCUGUGCAAAUGGGCCAGUUAAACUACGAAUGGCACACAUUCGGCUUCGAGAUCCUCAUGCAGGUCAACCCGAGAGAGUUCAACCUAGAGGGGAAGCGCAUGAUCCUCAGACACAACGCGAAGCACGUGUUCCAGCGCGAGAUACAGUCGGGGAAGUGCAUGAUGAACCUCCUCCGUGAGCUCGAGAACGAGGGGAAGCAGAAGGGAAACAAGCACAUAUGCGGGUUCCGGUGGGUGGCAGAGAGGACCAAGAUCGAGGAGGAUUUCACGGUCAAGUCUUUUGUCGAGGACAACCUCGCCAGGCUCCUUCUCAACAUGUCCAGGGUGAUCCAGGAACAGGUGGAGACCCACAUCCUUGCACACCCCAGGCUUCAUCCCACGAACACAGACAUCGAGAUGCUCGAUGCCCCAAGGCCGCAAGAACUCCCUAUCGUGAAGGGUAAUACCUCCGCAACACACUGGCCGCUGAUACUGCAUUCCUCCCCUGAUCGGAACAUCGAUGGUGGCCAGGAGUGGAUGCAGUUCCUCCGCAUGUGCCAGGAGAUUGCCAGCACCCUCGGGGUCAGCCACCAGGAGGCUGUCUACCACAAUUGCAUCAAGAUCGAGAUGACAAGGCAUCAAAUCCCUCAUAUCUCACACUAUCACUGCAUGCAGAAGAUGCCGGGUGGGAACCUCACCAAGAUUGGUGAAUGCGAUCUGUUCGUCGAGCUCCGGUCGGGGGCGUUCCUCGUAGAACUCAAGGUGUGCGCAAGCUGGAGGAGAUUCGAGAACCAGGUCAAGAAGUACAUCAACGCAUGCUACUCCGUCAAUCAGAGGCUGCAGGGGGCUGCCAUACUGAAUUUCCACCCCAAGGGUUACAUCGAGUGCAUCAUGUUCGAUGUAAACUGCAGGCACACCCCCUCCGGGUCGUCCUGA